GCAAGAAGUGCGUGAGUCUGUCUGAGCAUGUGCUGCUGCUGCUGGUGCUGCUGCAGUGAAGUAAAAUGUGUCAAUUUCCACCGGACAGCAGAGACACGGUGAAGGAAGGAAAAGUCGGGGACACCAGACGAGCUGCAGACCAACACCGCGACAUCUUGGACUAUCUCCCCCGGUGGAUGUGUAUGAUCCGCCGGCUUGAAUUCUGAGGGAGACACCGUACAACUCAAAGACCUGCCACGUGUUAUAACAGAUAGAACAUCUGUGUGAAAGCAAGAGUAAGGAUGGUGACCGUGGCGACCCCCGAGACUCCCGUCCCUCUCACAGCUCUGUCCCGCUGGUACCUCUACGCCAUCCACGGCUACUUCUGCGAGGUCAUGUUCACCGCCGCCUGGGAGUUUGUGGUCAACUGCAACUGGAAAUUCCCGGGUGUGACCAGCGUGUGGGCGCUCUUCAUUUACGGCACCUGCAUCCUCAUCGUGGAGCAGAUGUACCUGCAGCUGCGCGGCCGCUGCCCUGUGCUGCUGCGCUGCAUCAUCUACACCUUAUGGACGUACAUGUGGGAGUUUGGCACGGGGCUGCUGCUGCGACAGUUCAACGCCUGCCCCUGGGACUACUCCGAGUUUCGCUACAACUUCAAGGGACUGAUCACGGCCGAGUAUGCCGUGCCCUGGUUCUGUGCCUCCUUCAUAGUGGAGCGCUUUGUCAUCCGCAAAACACUGCGGCUGCGAUUCCACCAGGGGCCCGAGGACGGCUGGUCAGGUGGAGGUGGAGGGAGGAGGAGCAGAGGGACGGAAAAUGACGCUAAUGGGCACUUUAAAGGAGAGUGAAUGAAGGACUUACAGAAUCUGAUCGCCUCGCCCAUUAACUGUGAGGGGUGCAGACACACACACUGCUGUGUACUCUGGGCUGGUGUGCAGAGGUGUAUCAGAACAGAAAUACAACAAACUAACUCCUCAUUCUCUCUGCUGUCUACAAGGACAUGCUGCUGCUGCAUCCCAUAACCCACACACAUAUUUCCAUGUGGGGGUGACCUUAAGGAGAUCAAGGUCUUAAAUGACCCAGAUUACACACUUUCAAUAUCUCCUGUCCCACAGACUGCAAAGAACCUCUAAAUAAAAAAAACACUGUUGCAAAGAUUAGAGUUAUCAUCCGGCGAGGGAACACAUUCAAGAACAAUACUUUUGUCUUUCUAGGGCAUAUCAGUCUGAAAGCAGAACGCUUGCUGCAUAGUAUCCUAAUAAAAAGUAGCUACGGCUGUAACACGUUCUUUUUAAAAUGAACAUAUUGUACCUUUAGUAUUAUUCAAAGUACUGUAGUAAUGUAGCUACAUAAAGCUCUAUAAGAACAAACCCUAGAGUGUCAUGAAGAAUGUUUUAGUGAAUAUCGACAAUGCCUGGGGAGAAAAUGCAUGAAAAAAGUUGUCUUCCAAUAUAAUAUACAUUUUUAGAAUGUCAUACUGUACCUCAGUCUGCUGUGUGUGUGUGUGGGAAGUAGAGCCGGUUGACCACAGAUCAGUUCCUGGUUGUUUAUGUCUUGAAAGCAUGUUGGAAUCUCCUCGAACAAGGCACUGAAACCCAAACUGUUCCCGGUGAGCAGCAUCACGACCCUGCAUGGCAGUAUGAAUGGGUGUGUGUUUAGGCUAAUGUGAGGUAUUUCUAGGCACUAAAAUGAUGCAGUCCAUUCGCCAUAAUAGCAGGGGCGUUUUUUAUUUUAUUUGAAAUGAUUAUGAGUCAUGAGCAGCAGCAUAAAGCACCAAAGAAAAGGUUUUCAUGUCUGGAUGUCCAAUUGUCAUUCUGUGAAACAAUUGUGUUGUUUUUUUCUCAUGCUGGCUGCCACCUUUAACAAAAGCGUUUGCCCAUUGAUGAAGUAGCAAUAGUACAUUUUGAGUGACACACUAAGACAAUUUUUCACGGUUGCUAGAUUUUAGUUUUUCCAAUUUAAGAACAAAUGUCCCAUUCACAAGUUUUCCCCCUCAAAGUGUUGUUUACUACCCCCAUUCUUUUUAAUAUUAUUAUAUAAUAGUUAGUUGGGUGAAAGACAUGUGUGUGAGGAAAUAUGCAGCCGUGUGGUUUUUUCUUUUUUACUUAAUUAAUUGAAGAAAACCCUCUUUUUUUUGCAUAUAUUCUAAUUUGCUGCUCAUGUAUUUGUAACAUAAUGAUCUGUGACUCUCAAUCAAUUUGGUUUCCUUGGUGAGCAAGGAACUUUGUGAUAUUUUACCUGAAACGACAACCCACAAAUGCAACGGUUUAUCCAUGAUAUGAUGAAAGUACUCUGAAUGCUCCAAAUAAACUCAACCACACAGAGAUUAUAAACAUAAGAUUAUAAAAGCAACCCUAGAUCAACUGUAACUGGAUUUUUGACUUUAAAGUCAAACAAAUAAAGUAAAACGGGUACUAAACUCUUUUCACAUGGCAUCCAAGAUACCAAGGGAUUGAAAUUACACAUUCAUUUGAAAUGUGUUUGCUUAUUCACUAUUUAUAUUACUGAGUCAAGCCUAACAUUUAGUGUAGACAAUAGUUACAUAAUUCAAAUUCAGCUUUUCCCCGAAUCCUCGCCUCCACAACACAACUGGACGUGGCUGGAUGGUGGCUUAAGUGGAUGGAGGGUUGUGGCUGCAGUGGCAUGCAACGUUUUCCCCCCUCACUGUCUCCCCUGCAAGUCCAGAGGGUGCGUGGCAGGAGGCUGUAAACACGUGACAAAGUGCUGCCACCCUGUGGACACUCGAAAAGGCAGCUGUGUGAAGUAUCCUUAAUAGGUUAAAAAAAAAAAGGAUUUCAUUGUAUAGUUGUGUUAUUAUUAUUUAUAUAUGUAUAUGAUUUUGUUUGUCAUACAUUUAUCAAAAGGCCUAAAAGCAAUAAAGGGUUCUGACCCAGCUAUGAUUUCUUAGCUGCAGGCCCUUCACUUUUCUCUUAAAAAAUCUAAUAAACUACAUUUUGAUGACUGACUGAUAUGCAGCUAAAAUCUCUAUCUACUUGUACUGUAUUUAUGUAUUCCUGCUUAUAGUGGAUGUGCAUGUACCGUUAUAAACUUCUGUUCUGGUAUUUUUACCUUAAAGCUAUGUGUCCAAUUCUUCCUCCAAACUGGUAUUAUCAAAACACAAACAAAUAAUGCUCACAAUUUGUUCUGUCUGUCUGUCUGUCUGUCUG